UGCGUUGUCGAUUCAGAUUUUUCAGAGCUCUGGAUGGAUGACUUGUACACAUUUGAAGUGUUGGCUGCGGUCAACAAAAUCACUCAAGAAAUACUGAACCAUACAGGUAGGCAUCAAUGACAAGACAUUAGCUGAGUUUGUAAUAGCCCUCCAUGAUCAGUCCAAGACUCUUCCGGAGUUCAAGCAAAGGCUUCAAGAAGUGGGGGCAGAAUUCCCUGACUCCUUUGUUGAAAAUAUGGAUCGGCUUAUUUUAAAUAUGCACCCAAAGCACAAGAAACGGUCCACGAAUACCAAGUCCAGGAUGGUAGACGCGAGCCUGGCAGCCGAGGAGUUGGUAUUAUCAGAGAAGGAGAAAAAGGCUCGAAUGUUUCCCGGUUUGUCGAAACCUGACCAGGAAUGGCGGCCAUCGGAUGAGUUUGAUGCCCCCGUCGAAGACGCAACUGCCAAAGAGGUUGACGAUCUUAUGUCCCAACUCGAAGGCGUUGCGAAUAAGCGCGCACGUAAUCGCCCCACUGCAGGUGAUUUCCUUGAAGCGAAUGGGGAACCAUCUCCUAAACGUCGUCGUCCGAACUCACCCAGCCCUCCUCGUCACCCACCGCGACGAAGUCCUAGCCCUCCCCGAGAUCGCGACGGCAGGGGCGGUUACUCUAGGGGGCGCUCCCAGACAAAUGGGAGGGUUCAGCUUGAUUCAAAACCCGUUCUCUACAAGAUCUAUAAUGCUCGAGUUUCAAGUCUGAAGGAAUUUGGUGCUUUCCUUCAACUCGAUGGUGUUGAGGGAAGGGCCGAAGGGCUGUGUCACAUUUCCGCCAUUCAGGCAGGUGGGGGGAGGGUCAACUCCCCUGCUGACCUAUUGUCUCGUGGUCAGUCCGUUAAAGUGAAAGUGAUGAGUAUUGCGGGAAGCCGAAUCAGUUUAUCGAUGCGGGAUGUUGAUCAACGGACAGGGGACGAUCUCACCCCACAUUUGCGAAUCAAAUCAGACGCUGAACUGGCAGAGGAAACCCGACGGCAUGCCGAGCGAGCAUCUUCUUCCAAUGCUAUUCCUCUUGGUGGAUUCGCCGGAGAGGCCGCAUCCCAUUCGGCGAGACGCCUCACUUCCCCGAACGAUGGGAGAUCAAACAACUCAUUGCAUCCGGGGCGAUUGACGCUUCCGAAUACCCGAAUAUCGACGAUGACUUUAACUCGCCAAUGGCGAAAGCUGAAGUAGAAGAAGAACUUGACGUUGAAGUUCGUGAGGAGGAACCGCCUUUCCUUCGAGGACAGACGAAGCAGACUUU